AUGGCGCUAGUAUCCUACUCCGACUCCGAAGCCUCAGACUCCGAACCCGAAACCACCACAAAUCCCACACCACAGACCACCACCACCACCACCACAAAACCGAGCACCGCCGCCCCAAAACCCAAACUCGUCGACAGCAGCAACCCGCGCAAGAUCCGGGUCGCGCUGGACCUCAAACCCGAAGAUGCCAAUGAUAACAACGAGGAUGGGCCCGCGCGGAAGAAAGCAAAGAUAGGCGGUGGGGGCGCGUUCGCGGGGUUUAAUUCGUUUUUGCCUGCGCCGAAGAGGGCUGCACCUGCUGCUGGGGCGGAGAAGAAGGGUGCUGCUGCGGGGCGGAAGGCGGCUACUGGCAGCGGGGGGAAGGAUGAUGAUGAUGAUGGGACGAUUCCCAAGGCUGGGAGUUUGAGGGAGGAUACUGGCGACGGUGGGCUGCAGAUGAAGAAGCCCGAGGAGGUGAAGCUGAAGGGGAAUCCGAUGAUGUUUAAGCCGUUGUCUGUUGGGCGGGGCACGCAGAAGAAGAAGAAAGUUGUUUCGUCGAAACCGGUCGAGACUGCUGCCCAGGAGCCGGUCUCGGAACAGGCUAAGUCUGCUGCUGCUGCUGCUUCUGCCUCUGCUCCUGUGCAGCCGCCUGCGCCGAAACCGAAAGUGAGUCUUUUCUCGCUGGGAUCGAGUGAGUCCGCUGCGAGUGUCGCCCCGGGUCCUCAGGCGCAGAGCGCCACGUAUGAGCCGUUGGUGUAUACUGCGGACAAGGAUGCGCCGGAGGCCGGUCCGGAGGUAGAGCGCGAGCCUCAGGCUCCGGCUGUGUCGUCGGAGCCGGCCACGACGCAGACGUUGGAUAAUAUCGCGGAUGAUCUGAAUCUGUCGCGGUCUCAACGACGGCACCUCUUUGGUCGCAAUGCGGACGCCUCGAAAUCGCGGAUUCUUCAUUUCAACACCGACAAGGAGUACAUUGCCAACCAGGAGAUGGCACAUCAGACUGAUAUGGCGGUUCAGCACAACCCGGUUCGUGCCAUUGCUCCCGGAAAGCACACGCUGCAACAACUGGUCAAUGCGGCAAGCUCACAGCGGGAAGCUUUAGAGGAGAGCUUUGCAUCUGGACGAAGGAACAAGAAGGAGGCUGGGUCGAAGUAUGGCUGGUAA